AUGAAGUGCUCGUGUAGUGAUGGUGAGUGCGCGGAACAUGAUGGACAGGAAAUAAAUACAGAGUAUCUGGAAAAAUUCACGAAAAUGGUUCAAAAUGCGUCAGUAUUGGCAAACAGGUUGUCAUCAAAAGAACUUCUGUCAGCAUUCCAGAUUUCAUUUCAUUUAAUGGAAAAAAUCAGUUAUGUAAUACUUAGUAUGUGCAAAACGUCUAAAGGGGAAACUGAUGAGUUCAAAAGCUUUCAAACGCUCUGUAGGUAUCCAUCUUACCCACGUCCCAUGAUAAAAAACGAUCUCCCAAUGAGCUUUUGUUCUAUAAAAGUUCAAUCUUUAAAUGAAAAUGGUGAUUGUAAAGUAAUCGAUCAACAAGAAUCACAACUUGAAGUGCUCAUUGAAGAAGAAGAUGAAGAAGAAAGCGAUGAAAAUCUAUGUGAUUCUGGCAUUGCUUCAAAUCGUGAUGGAAAUUUCAUUACUGAAUCUACUAUUUCUAAUUCUUCUUGUCAAAAAUUUAGUCCAGUAAAUGAAAAUCAUAGUCCAAAUAACUAUUCAAAUAAAUGCCUUUCUUCUCCAAUCACAAAUGAAUCUAGUGUAAUUGAUAUAGAUGAAAAUUAUUCUAUGAUUGCUGAUAAAUGUGCUAAUCUAGAGGAAGUAGUAGUAAUACCUGGAACAGAACCAACAUCUGAAAUGUUCGAUAAUGACAUUAAACAAAUUAAUAUGACAGGAAAUAUUUCUAAAAUUCAGUUAAAAAAUCGAGUUUCAACAAUUCGAAAAACUACUUCAACAAACAAUGAUAAACAAUUUGAAAAUGGAUCUAUAUCUUCAGAUAUUUUAGAUCAGCAAAAUAAUAAUUCUGCAGAACUAUAUGAAAGUCAAGCAACAAUACUGACAAAUAAAUCCCAAGUUGAUGCAAAACGGUGGCGUUUAACUAGUGCUGAUAAAUUAAAUACUUUAAUUGAUGAAUGUGAACGUCAAAUUAAUGGUAGAAAACUAUAUGUUUGUAAAUUUUGUGGAAAAAUCUAUGAGAUUAAAAGUAGUAUGCGUUAUCACAUGAAAAUUAUUCAUUUACAGAUGCAUUUACGCACUACAGAAAUGCAAUGUCGUAUAUGCGGUAAACAAUUCACAUGUGUUAGCGCUGUUAACCGUCAUCAAUCCAAGUGUAUUUUAUCAACAAUUAAUGAUUCGAGACUAAAAAAUAAUACUGUACCAUCUAAUCAGUCAUUAUUUACUAGUCCAAUAAUAACAACUGGAACAACAACAUCGUCUACAGACAGUGAUAUGCAUCCUCGUUUAUCUGAAAAUUCGUUUACUUCACAAAUAUCGGAUAGUUGUAAUAAUAAUGAUUUGAAUCAUAACACAUCACUUACUGAUUCAAAUCUAAUGGUGGAGUCAUUGAAUUCAGCUUCAAAACAUUUUACUGAUCUUGUUAAUUUUCCAAGUGUAUUUCGUAUACCAGAUACGUGCUGUACAACGACACAAUUUAUGAAUCAGUCAAUAUCUAAAAUCUAUCAAAGUUCACAAAUAACAAGUUUAAAUUUACGAAAUUUUAUUCCAUCAUCUGACUUAGUUAAUUUACCAAAUAAAUCUAAUUCUAAUAGUUUACCUUUCCAACCAUUUAAUAGUAGUAAUGAUACACGAUCAUUUUUAAAUCCAAUAAAUAAUCAUUGUAUGAAUUGUUCUGAUUCUUCAUCACAAUGGAACUCAUCAACUUGGUCUACGAUGUCUAAUUUAGGAUGUAAUUUUACUGAAUUGACUCCUGCACAAAUUGAUAUUUGUAUGAAAGCAGUUGUCCAAGGUAUUUGUUCAACUGUAGGACAAUGUACCACUAAUACUACUACUAAUAAUAAUGGUAAUAGUAGUAAUAAUAUUGUCAGCAGUUAUAGAACUAAUCAAGAAUACAAUGAAUCUAAUCAUGUACCAACUGAUCCAUGUCAAAUAACGGAUGAAACACAAUGGGAUUUAUCAAAUAAAAAUGUAUCAGAUUUUUCUGAAACAACAGAAAGAACUUUAAAUUCAUCACAAGCCAAUGAAAUGGUAGCCAUAGAUUUAUCUUCACGUCCUCGGUCGGCUACAUUAAUGAUUGAAUCAUUUUAA